GCAUUUGGCACUGGAUAGGGACAAGGCGGGGACAACCCACCACAUGGUGCUAGUGGAGGUCUAGCACUUGCAUUCCCACUAGUAAAAAAACGAUGUCGUAGCACUCACACAGUAGCACAGUACUCAGUAGUCAUUCCCGCAGGACAGGGUAGCCCCCACCUUCAGUAACUCCGUCCAAGUGCACAAAAAUGGUGUAACCGAGACGCCUCACAAAACGGAAAAGGCCGUAAUCUGCCGACACUUGGUUUCCGAACCUACAGCUUCGGGCCUCAAUUCCAAACCUGCGCUUGGUGUUGGACGUUUCAAAGACUCCACCACACUCUGUCUCAGCCUGGAACUAACUACCUCUGCUAAAAAGCUCUGCUUCUUCUUUUCUUUUUCUACUCUCUGUUUUAAAAAACGGUCUUUUCCACUUUUUUCAGAGAUUAACAAGCUGUUGAAAUCAAGUUUCAGUUUACAAAAUUCUAAUUGUCGUCUUUUGUUUGUCUGUUUGUUUUUUUAAUUCUGUGUUUUGUUCGUAACUCUCUUUGGUCGCCUUCAAUUUUUGUUGUUGUUGUUUUUUUUUUUUUUUUUUUGGCGAAGUAGCUCUGUUUUUCUUAAACGACAAACAAGAAAAUACCAGAGAAACAGGGAUGCGAAUUGAAUUUGAAGAUAAAGUUUUGGAAUUUCAUUUGGUUAUCAAUUUCGGUUCUUUUUAGGUUAAUUGUGAAAAAUAAAGCAGACCAAUUUAUAAACAGAGCCGAUUUAAAAAAUAUAUAUAUACAUAUAUAUAUAUAUAUAUAUAUACAUAUAUAAAAGAUGAUGCACGCUAAGUCGGAUUCGGACGUCACGAGCUUAGCACCAUCAUCGCCCAGAUCCCCAAAGCGACCUGUAUACUUCGUGCAGAGUCCGUCCAGAGACUCCCACGAUGGCGACAAAUCUUCGUCCAUGCAGGCCACUCCCGCCUUCAACAGCCCCAUGGAGAGUCCUUCCCACCCUUCUUAUGGUCGUCACUCCAGGGCUUCCUCUGCUAGUCGCUUCUCCGGCAAUUUCAGAUCCUCUUCCGGCACUAAAGCUGGCCGGAAACGGAACGAUAAGGGUUGGCCGGAGUGUAAAGUGAUCGAAGAAGAAGGGGAUUACGGCGACAUGUAUAGGGACAAAGGGUUAUCAAGGCGGUGUCAGAUUUUCAUUGGUUUGUUUGGGUUUGUUGUGAUUUUUACUAUUUUUUGUUUGAUCAUCUGGGGCGCUAGCAGGCCUUAUAAAGCUCAGAUUACUCUCAAGACAUUGACCCUGCAUAAUUUUUACUACGGAGAAGGAUCGGACAAUACAGGAGUUCCAACCAAGUUGUUGACAAUGAACUGUUCAGUGAAGAUGAAAGUGUAUAAUCCUGCUACAUUCUUUGGGAUUCAUGUUAGUUCCUCACCCAUCAAUCUUAUGUUUUCCGAGAUUUCGGUCGCAACUGGACAGUUGAAGAAGUACUAUCAACCAAGAAAGAGCCACCGGAAUGUGACGGUGAACCUGCAAGGACUUAAGGUGCCUCUAUACGGAGCUGGGGCAAGCUUAGCAGUUUCUGAUGAUACCGGUAUCGAUAUGAUACUGAUGUUUGAGGUGAGAAGCCGAGGUUAUGUGGUGGGGAAGUUGGUGAAAUCAACGCACCGGAGGCGACUGUCUUGUUCCAUAACUGUUGAUUCUCACAAUACAAAGCCUAUCAAAUUUAAGAAGGAUUCGUGUUCAUAUGAUUGACUGUGGGGGGUUUAUCUUCAUUUGCAGGAGCUUGCUUUGUUGUGAGAUAAAUUUAUAGUGUGAUAGUACUUAGAUGAGAGAGAGAGAGGGGGGAGCAUACUGGUGUAAACUGAAAUUGCAUUUGUCAAAUCUUUCAUACACUGGAAAUUUAUUUAUCCUUGUUAGGAAGCUUCUUUGUCAUCCAACAAUGUAUGCCGACAAAAAUCCAUGAAUAUUUAUGUUAAAGCAUGUAUUUAUCUAGACUUAAUCGAAUUUCUAGGAUUUGUCA